AUUGGCAACAAACAUGGCGUCAAGCCCAAAAGAAAAAUUUGAUGCAGCAGUAAAAGUUAUUAGGGGUUUACCUAAAAACGGUAAGAAACCAUCAAUUUAGAAUGAAACUAAUUCAUAGGGUAGUAAUUGUCAUAGCUGAAAGACAUAUAUUAAUGAUAUAUUAUAGGCUAUUAUAAAAUAUAUAUAGCGUAGUCUUAAAAAUUGUUAAUUAUUUUAGUUGAGUUGAGGCUGAGGCGUUCCAUUUCUCAUAUAGUAAGCUAUUCAUUAUUCAUAGUAUAGAAUCAGAAUUAGAUUAUCCAAAAGUCAUAGAUAGAUAGGCAUACUGAAUAAGUAAACUAAUUAAUAAUUAAUUACUAUCACUUAAUUUUUGGGUUAUAUAAUUACAUCAGAAAUGAAUAUGAAUGUAGAUACUUCUAUGAAACAAGGGAGACUACUACUUUUUGUGUAUCAGAAAUAGAAAUCGGCGCCGAAAAAUCCGAGUUUUUAAUUUUCCGAUGUGUGUGUCUAUUUAUUAUUAAAUUAGUAAUUUCGAUAUAUAUUUGAGUUCCGUUUUCGGCCUUAUAAUUAGGUGACAUCUUGGCCUACAUUUUAAUCAAUUUCUUUUUCAUUUACAAUCAGUCAGCUUUGAGAAAAUCCUUGGUAAAUAUAAGGCAACUUUCAUCAUUAAAAUUAAGUCGAAGGAAAAGAUUUGUCACUACCAAAUUUUUUUUGCAUCUGGGGAAUGUAUUUAUCUACAUGUAUGCCAAUUUUCACAGCGAUAAGUGUCUUACGAGAAAUGAAGCGUGUUUUUGAAAUGAACUUUAUUAUUAUUAUUAUGUUUCUAUGCGUUCGCAGCAGGUCAUGCAGUUCGCUCAACCUAAUUUCGCCAUGGGGUGGGCCACGGCCCCUUUUUAAUGGCGGAAGUUGCCGAUACUUAGGAAAUAUUAAUUUAUUACCACUAUUUACAUCAAAAUAUUGAUAACUUGUGUUUCAGAAUGCAUUUUGAAGACAUUUAAACUGGAAUGUUUUAAUUUGAGCUUUAACAACCCGGUAGAAUCCAUAUUAUAAAUGAUCAGAAUUUACCGUGUGCAACACGUUGUCAUUGGCAACCAUUCACAGCCACUUGCAUAACUGUAUCGUAGUACUACCUCAGAGUUUCAUUCAUAAGAGUUUGCCGUGUGCAAAAACUAUUAAACCAUUGGUCAGGGAAAGCUUUAAUUAAUUAUUCAUGUGCCAAAGUUGAAAGUUUAAACUAAGUCGACCCUAAACAGUAUUUUAGUGAUAAGGCGAUGCGUUGCCUUAUAUAAAGUAUAUAGUCAUUGCGCAUGACACGAUCAGCAGAAUGAGGUCACAAGAUGUGGAGGUUUCGUCCAAAGUAAAAAAUACCUAACAAACUCACACUUUAAAAAUUCAUAGCUGAAAAAGUACUUAAGCUAAAAAGUUGACUCUGGUUUCAUUUUUUUAUUUGAAAUUUACUCUAACUAACUGUGUUAUUAAAAAAAUUAUUUCAAUGUUUUUAAAUUUUGUAUUCAAGUGCCUAAUGAAUGACUUAUGUCAUUGAUUCACAAUUGAUAAUUGUUUAGUCUUAGUUUCUAGUUUCUGUUGUAAGUCAACUCCUCCUUGUAUUUUACCAAGCCCAAGGCAACUGAAUUUUAGCAAAUUCAAUACAGUUUUUUAGUUUUUUGUGCCUUGGCAUAAGUUACAUAAUAGGUUCUUUGAUGAAACAAGGGAGACUACUACUUUUUGUGUAUCGGAACCAAAAAAUCAGAGUUUUUAAUUUUCCGAUGUGUGUGUCUAUUUAUUAUUAAAUGAGUACUUUCGACAUAUAUUUGAGUUUCGUUUCCUGCCUUAUAAUUUGGAAGACAUCUUGGCUUACAUUUCCAUCCAGCUAUUUUGCUUUUUUCAAUCUACCUUGAUUUUGAAAAUCUUUGGUAUAUAUAAGGCAUCUUCGCAUACAAAAUUUUUUGUGAAAUAAAAGGAACAUGUCUUUCAUAUUAAAUCGUGUAAAGCAUUAGAUAUUGAAGAAUACGUGUGCCAAUUCUCAUUGAUGUAGGUCGUAUCCAACGUAUUUUACGCUUGUCCAAGUGACCCAUAUCACCAUAAAAUCGCUCAGCCUAAUUUCGACAUGGCGUGGGCCACACCCUCUUUUUAAUGGGGGAAGUUGCAGAUACUUAGGAAAUAUUUAAUUAUUACCACUAUACACAUCAAAAUAUUUGAUAACUUGUGUUUCAGAAUGCAUUUUGAAGACAUUUAAACUGGAAUGUUUUAAUUUGCGCUUUAAAACCCUGUAGAGUCCAUAUCAUAAAUGAUUGGAAUUUUCCGUGUGCAACACUUUGUCAUUGGCAACCAUUCACAGCCACUUGCAUAACGGCUAUAUCAUAUUACUAUCUCAGAGUUUCAUUCAUUAGAGUUUGCUGUGUGCAAAAACUAUUAAACCAUUGGUCAGGAAAAGCUUUAAUUAAUUAUUCAUGUGCCAAAGUUGAAAGUUCAAAAUAAGUAGUCCACAAACAGUAUUUUAGUAACAAGGCGAUGCGUUGCCUUAUAUAGUCUAUACCAGUAUAAAGGGUGCCGUAGAAUUGGUAAACAGAAAAGCCAUAAUAUAUAAAUAAAUUAUAUUAAAUUAACUGAUAUAUAUUGUUAAUAGUUAGAUAAGCUACAAUCUACUUUUUAAUACAGCAUUAAUUCUGAAAAUAAAAGUCCUAUAAAAUUACGAAACGAGAAAAUUCAUAAGACGUUUCAGUUAUGUUGCUUUAAACCUUGUUCUUUAUAUCAUGUCAUUUGUCUUUUAUUGCAGGUUCUUUCCAACCAUCUCAUGAAUUAAUGCUUAAAUUUUAUAGCUACUAUAAACAAGCUACAGAAGGCCCUUGUACUGUAUCCAAACCAGGAUUUUGGGAUUUGGUAAAUCGCAGGAAAUGGUUUGUAACUGUCAUAGUUUUGUUUUCAUUUCUUACUUCAUUGUAUUAUUAUGUAUAAAUCAAUAAAUGCUAUAUUGUAAAGGUUUUCAGUUCAGAUAAUACUUUUCAAAUCAGUAGUACAUUGAAGAACUAAAUUCAGUCUGAAUAAUGCUUUUCAAAAUCAAAACUGCAUUUAAGAGCUAAAUUAAUUUUAAAAUUUAUAUUUUAAAUUUAAAUAUACAAGUGUAUUUUCUGUACAAGACAAUACGUUAUAAAUAUAAUAUUUCCUUAAAUGUAAGAAUGAGGCUUAAAAGCUGCACAUUAGGAUCAUCUCAAUAGUGGUUUUCAAAUUUUUCAUCUUGCAACAAAACUAAAGAAAUUUCUGAGCCUCUUCAUAACACAAUAUAAGUAUUUAAAAAAUAUUGGCUAUGUCAUUGAGGUGUUGCUUACAAGACAAUUUUAUAAUAUUAAAUUAGAUAUAAAUAUAAUAUAAUAGGGCUUAACCAGUUGCAAUUGUUUUACACCAGGUCCAGGUAUUUUGAGAAAAUACUUGGUGGUUCCAAGUGUUACAAAAAAAAAAGAGGAAAUGUUUCAUUUUCUAUAAUGUAUGCCACCCUACCGACAGUCUUUAUACAAUAUUCUUACACCCUACAUGCCAGCCUUUAAACAAUAGUCCUACAGACAGUCCUAUACCAUAUGCCUGGCUCUUUAUUGAUUGAUAUAAUUGUCGCCUCCGGUUACCGGAAAUUUGUUUGAAAGAAAUUUUCUUCGACUAUACUAUAUAGUAAAACAAUAUAAAGUGUUUAAAAAAAAAUUGAUGCAAAAUUCGAUAGUGUGAACUGAAAAUAAAAUUUGAUCACAUUUCCGUUUGACCAAACUUCUGUCCAUCAAUUUUCCGUUGAUGAUAAUUCUUUCAAACAAAUUUCCGGACACGGUCACCUCCCACUAAAGAAAAGAAAUCAAUCUAUUAGCAUGAAUUCAACCAUCAUGCUUGACGCCCUUGGCCCUUGACUAAUAAAAAUCAUGGAGUUGGGGAGAGGCCCAUUUGAAGAAGAAGCAGGACGUACCAGAAGCAAAAUAAAUAUAAGAGAUUAUAAUAUUUGUGUUAUCUUGCUUGAAGAUGUCCAUAUACUCUUGAUAUGUAAAAUACUUUUAAACCUUUUUUGUUUUCUUCCAUUUUUAUCCCUAAAAUUUAUUAAAAAAUCUUGUAACUCCCCAGUGAACCAAUCAUGAAAUAUUUGAAAACCUAGGCUCUAAAUAAUUGAAUUAGCUUCUUCUAAUCCUUGAAUGCUCAAAACAUUUUAAUAUUCUAUAAAUUAAUAUUAAUUUUUUAAUCCUCAGAUGGCAAUUAACAUAUCUAUUUGUAAAAAUAGAAUGCAACUGCUCUCUUCCCAACUUCUUUAAAAUUAGGUUGAGUUCUUUGGUUUGGGAUUAUUUCUUAAAGUUAACUCAAAAUCAUGAAUUUUUUCCCACUUUUUGUGUUUCGCUUAACUUGUUUUGGUUAUAUUUCAGUGUUAAUACAGUAAUUUUUAAAUCUUAGUUUUCACACUCAUUUGAAUUAUGCCAUUACUUGUCUCUUUAAAUUUUUGAACUGUUUUUUUUUUUAAAGGGAAGCCUGGUCAAGUUUAGGUAAUAUGGAAAGUGAGAAAGCAAUGCUGCUCUAUGUGGAUGAGUUGAAAAAAGUGAGCAUUCAUGUUCGGCAAGCAUACUAUCCGCAGCAGGUAUUGCUAAUGUCAAGCCUCCAUUCAUUGCAAAUAUAAUAUUUUCAACAGAUGUUUUAUUAUAUGUUCCUUUUUUAUUUAUUCAAAGCUGAAAAUGUAAACCCUGAUCAAUGAUGAUGAUUGAGUAAACAAACUAUAUGUACCGGGGUAUACCUUUUUUAUUCAAAGUUUAAUUUUAAACCCUGAUUCAUGAUAAUGAUUGAGUAAACAAAAUAUUUGUAUAACAACAAAAAUAUUUUACAUGGUGCUUGCCUAUGAGCUUUUUUCUUGUACAGUAUUUCAUUGGGGGAGCUUAUUAAUUGUUGCAUAAUUCUAGAUCUGAUAGUAUUUUAUAGGGGUCGCUUUUUAAUAUAGAAUUGAUAUAAGAUAACAGAUCAGUGUAAAUAAAAUUGAAAUAAGAUAUAAGAUAACAGAACAGUGUAAAUAAAAUUGAUAUAAUAUAAGAUAACAGAACAGUGUAAACUAUAAAUGGUAGCCACCUAGAAAAGCCCAUAUGAGCAAGAAAUGCGAGAAGCGUUCUGAAGACCAGCAAGCCAAUCUUAAAUAUCUGUAUUAUUGGGCUGUUGAGUCUGCCGUUCGUCCUUUUUGCCAUUCCACUCUUGGGCAGAUAGAUCUAUCGUCCCUGUCAUCUCAACUGGGUUAACUAAAAUAAUCAAAAUAUAAUCUACAGAAUAAUAAAUCAUUAAAUAGUUUGUCAAAGUGUGCUGUAUUUGCCCAAAAAUAUAUCUAUGUUGGUACCGACAUUAAUAUCUGCUGAAGCGUGACUGAGCAGGACGCUCUUGCACGGCCGCUCACGAAGAACAGCGUCCAAGACCCCGGUCUGACAUAUUCGUAACUCAAAACCAGGAUCAGGGACCCCCCCGCUGAGAAGCAGCGGACGCGGAUUGGCCUGGCUCGUGAGCCCCCCACGUGUCCGGGGGCCACAUGUACAAAUUGGCCCGGUUUAAUGAUUGUGAUAGUCUCAUUUUGCCAAUAAAAUAUUUAAAAUUCCUAAUUCUUUUCAACCUUAUGUAUUUUAAAAAAUCAUUAUUUAAAAUUAUAUAGAGUUUAUUAAACCAUGUGUCAAGGAUUGAUAGAACUAUACAAACAAAAUUUGUUUAAACCAAAAUAGAGAGAGACAGUCAUCAUUUUGCCAGGUUUUAGAUACUGUGAGAAUAAGUGCAUGUUUGAAAAUAGAAGUUAAAAAUAACUUUGCAAUCAAAUAAAUAUCUGUACCAUUGACCCAAAAAAAAUGCAUUUUGGUAACAAAGAAAGCUCAUUGACUUUUUCAUUGACCAUAAAUUUCUUGUAAGAUACUUGUUUUUUUAUUUUAAAGCAAGUAACACAUCUACAUUUUCUUUUGUAUUGUACAGUAACUAUUUUCUGACUUGGCACUCUGAGUUGAACAAUUUUAAUAGGAAGUCUGAAAAAACUUCAUUCAAAUUUGAAAUGGUUAUAAUACAUGCAUGAAUUAAAACUAUUAAACAGUUGUCUACAGAAGAAAUUAUUUAUUUUUAUAUUAUUAUUAUUUGCAAGAAAAAUAAUGGGAAAUAUGGUUUAGUUUGCAAAUACUCUAAGGUUUGCAAAUAAUGAUCAUUACUAGUACUUUCUGCUUGAUAGGGCUUUGAUUCAAAGUUAACAAACAUUUUCUUGUCAAAAGCAUGAUUCAAUCAUAUUGCAAUGUUUUUUUUUAGAAAAAAUUUCAAUCAUUUUGAUAAAUUAUUAAAUACAAAAUUUUAAUUACCGGGUAUUGGAAUCCAUUUAUACAGGAGAGUCCAUGUAUCUUCUGUCAAUAAAUAAAACUUACUAUGAAAUGAUUUGAAACUUAGAUUAUUCAAUCCUUGGUCUUACAAGUUAAGGGGUAAAUCUUGUGAAGGUUCAAAGACAAAUUAUUACAACCACAAAGCAGAUGCAAAUAUUUCAAUAUUAUCUCCAUGUGUAAAUAUUUAUCUUAUUUUUAAGAUUAUCUAUUAUUAAAAAAAUGGGACAAAGUAUAUUUCAUUUCUAAAUGUGUUUGCAAUAGAAAUUCAAUUAAAUGAAUUGCUAAUUUAUCAGUACACCGUCAUCCAUUCAACGUCCACACAAAUGUAAUUCUGCUUUCUGGCAUGACCACACUCUUGUUUUGAAUCCUCCCUAAAUGAGUCCAUCCUUUUCUUUCCCUUCCAAAAUCCCAUAAAAAGCUUUCUGUUUUUAUUAGAUUGACCUAUAAAUAACAUCUCAGUUUUGAAAGUAUCCUCUUCCAGAGGGUCUGAUAUUGUACACAUGUUCAUUUUUGUCCACCAUAUUCAACUACUAUUACUUUAUUGGAAUCAUGUUUUUAGCAUAUUAAGAAAGGAUUUUUCUUAUACAAACAAAAUAACACAUAUUUCUACUUAACUGGUAUAAUCCAAUUGCAAAUGAUCUAUAUUUUAUUUCACCUAUUUUGCCACAAUGCUUAUAAUUUCUUUAUGUGAGAAGUAAAGUAGGUAUUAUUGUGUUAAAAUAUUUAUGCUUGGUACAUUUUUUGAGGAUUAGAAACAAAUUAACAGGUUUCGCUGUUGUAGGUCUUUGUUAUGUAUUUUCUCUUUUAAAUUUUAAUCAUAGAAACCAUAAGUUUAGUUACAUGGAGGCUUGACACUGGUUGAUUCUGCAUGCAGAUGGAGCAGGUAGAUUAAAUGCUGAAAGCAUGACAUGAGGCUGCAGCUUUAUUCAAACUUUUGAAUAUCUUUGUCUCAUUUCAUACUUGAAAAAAAAAAUGUUUGUUGACAUUGCAGUGAAUUCCAAAUAUUUUCAUUGAUUAAUGUUGCUUUUUAAUGUUGAUUUUCUAGAUCUGAAAUAGAGACCAUUCUAAUUAUAAUAUAGUUAAUAGUGAGCAACGUGUAUGUCUUUUUAACCCAAUUACCAGCUGGUGGUGAAGGGCGUUUUUUUUUUUUAAAUUCUUCUUUUGUAGUCAUAUUUAUUUUGUAUCAUUAACUUUCUUAUUUGUUGUUAUGGCGCAGAUAUAUUUGCAAAACACUGGCUAACCUUUCAACUAUAAAACGGAGUAACAAUGUCUUUAAAUCUAUUCUUCGAACGCUUCCAUUAAAUUCAGUAAUCAAAAUAUUUUAUGGAUAAAGGGGAAGCUUUGUGUCUUUUGGGGGAAGGAUGUUAAACAUUUUUUAUCGAGUUAGGAUUGGGGGGGGGGGAUGAAGUGGUCAAAAAUUGUGAAAUAUCAUUUUUAAAUGACACCUAAAGAUAUAAAAUUGUAUGGACUAACAACACAAAAAAAACAUAUAAAUAACUGCUUUGAUUUGAUUAAUGAACAUCCUCAGCUAACGAGUUAGGAUUGGGGGGGGGGGAUGAAGUGGUCAAAAAUUGUGAAAUAUCAUUUUUAAAUGACACCUAAAGAUAUAAAAUUGUAUGGACUAACAACACAAAAAAAACAUAUAAAUCACUGCUUUGAUUUGAUUAAUGAACAUCCUCAGCUACUUAAUAUUGUUUCAUUGCGAUCUUAAACACAAAUUAUUUUGUAGCGUUUUGUUGUUUUUUUUUGAAAAUUAAAUGUUGUGAUUUUAAUCUUUUAAAGUACGGUACCAGUACUGAUCCUCUUGCAAAUCCUAAUUGCUUACCUUGGACUGUAUACUCAUAAAUUCAUUCAUAUUUUCACAUAUUUCUGAAAACUGAAUUGACUUGGUUGACUAUCAUUAGUGGGUCUUCAUUUGUAAAGUUAAUUAACAUGACUUAUACAAACUGCUUACAUGUUUUCAUUUUUCUUAAGAUUAAUUUGACUUUUAUUUUUAUAUAAAGUAGGGAAUGAUAAGAGGGAGGAUAAAAUAAAUCAAGUUCAAAAACUAGUUAUUUGAAACUUAUGUAACUCACAAAAAAUUAUAUCAACACCUUCAUAUUCUAAUAACACAUUAUCUCCUAGGAUCAGAUAUCCAAAUUCCUCAUUGACCUACUACUUUGUCAGAAAAAAUGCCAUAGAAAUCAAGCUAAACUUUUAAUUAAUACAAAUCUUUUCCUUACGGUCUUUCUUGAGGAGAGUAUGUUUUUUUAUUUGAUUAAGUUCCUAUUUUGUGCACCACUAAGUAUCAUCACUUUGGUUUAUGUUUAGUGUUUUAUUAUCCCCAGUAGUUAUUACACUGAAAAUUUCUCUCAUUAUUUACCUCUUCAUUAAGUAUUUUAUUUUGCAUAAUAGUAUUCCUAGUAGAUUUAGAUAGAUUUACAAGUUCACCAGGAUAUAAUUUUUUUCCUCCCUACUUUAUUGUAAUAUUUUUUAAUAGCUAAGGAAAAAAAAAACAUUUAUACAAAUGCAUAUUGUAAUAUAAGUUGUGGAAAAAUAUAAAAAUUUGGUUUUAGGUGCUAUAAAACUUGACCAAAACAUGUAUAAAAUUUUGUUUAGAAUGAAAAGAUUUCUUUGUCUUAAGAUUGAUAUUUGAGUAUUGUUAAGCAUUGGAUGCUUAAUUUCUGUAAAUUGAUAAUUACAUUAAAUAGUUUAAAUUUAACACACUUUAUUUAGCUAAUUAAAUAUCCUCCAAUAAUAUGUUAAAAUCCUAUGAAAAUUGCAACAGCAUUAUGAAUGAUAUUCAGUGUUUCUCAAAACAAUUAAUUGUAAUACCACUCUUGCUUGUUUUUUUUUCAAUGCUAACAGAUAGUUGAAACAAUGCCACAAACACACGCCGUCACAGAGUUUCUACAAAAGUUGGAUAGUUUCUAUGAGAUGGUUGAGGACAGUGAGAACCAGAAUACACUGAAGAUAAUGGACAAACCCUGGGCAAAUGGUUCCGUGCCAGUUAGUGAUGGUAGGUUGUCACCAAACAGUACACCUGUCUGUAUAUCUUUUCAUUUCUAGAGGUUUUUAUUAACUUUUAAAUUGUGGAGCGAUAUUUCUUUCCUCCACAGGGAAAAAAAAAAGAAAUACUUUUUGUUUAAUUUUUUAACCAGAUUUAACUUUAUUAUUUAGUGAUGGUUUGUUGAUCAUUAUUUAUUGAUAUAAGUCUUUAUGCUCUUCAGAUGAACAGAUGAAUCAUUCCUACAAUGUGACAGAGUUACUGAAACAGGAUUUGAAAAGGUGGCAGGACAGUCCAAUUAUAUUGAAUGGUGACAAGAGCCCACCUAAUGGUAAGGUUAAUCUCGAUGUUAUGAGGUAUAGCUCAUCAGUAGUUUUUUUUUUAAAUUUUAUAUUGUUUUUUCGCGUGUGUGCAGUGUGCUGUGCCAAAGGCAUUGAUGCUCAACAUUAUAACAAUAAAGAAAUUUAAACAUUUUGCUUACAUAACUGAAACAAUAUAGUGUUGAGAAUUUAAUCUCUUAUUUUAUUCUAUGGCUCAUGUCAAACAGUACACAACAAAGGAUGAUACCAUUUAUUAAAUACAGUAAUAAAGUAGGGCUUAUUACAAAUAAUAAUUUAUUAAGUUAAUUUUAAAAUUACGAAAUCAAAUAGAAUAAAACUUAGGCUAUUCACUUACAACUUACAGUACAGCAAUGAACUGGUACCGAUACAAUGUUGAAAAGGUGCACAUACACACACACUCAGUAAAUAAUAAUAUACAAAUCUACGAUCAGUACAGUAUUGUAUUCGCAAACUCUGUCUCUCUCUUUGCCUUGCAGUCUCUCUCUAGCUAAUUCAAUCCCUAUGUCGAUCGGCUUAUUUAUAGUCUUUCUUAUAGACUUUUUCAGAAAAGGGCUACACAUUGUAUCAGUGCCUAGACCCGUCUAAUAAGUUCUAAAGAAUUCUAAUUCUAUAGACUAUGUUUACUUGUAGUCAAGGGAGACAAUUUUUAAUUAAACCACACCCAUCGUCAUUAAACUUGGGGUCACGCAGAGUUCAUGCACAGGUUUCACGAUGUAAACAAGACAAAAUGAUGAUUAUUUGUUGAUUCCAUAGCUUUCAUCUCUUUUUUUAAAUAUAUUAUUUUUAAUAUAAAAUUGUUGGGUUUACCUUAGUUAGAAUAGUGGACAAUAUGCUGUUAAAAAAUUGUCUAUGAAGAAAUUUUUUUUUAAUAUAAUAUAGGUUUCGGUGAGAGACAAAGUUUUACUUAUGAUCAACCUGUGCUCACCAAUGGUGACAGUCCAAGUGAAACAGAUAAUGAUGAUGAUGAUUAUGCCAGGGAAGAGAAAUAUGGCCAAGAAAACGGUCGUGGCAGUCCUGAGACAAAUGGUGAUUGGAAAGGAAUAGAACAUGUUGUUGUGACCAAGGUUCAGUCAGGAUCUGCCAGUGAUAGUGAGACUGAAAAUGAAGAGUUCUGUGAUACUUCAGAUGAGCCUAUUGAGGUAUGUUUGACACAAAAGCUUUAUGCUUUCUUUCUAAAAUUAAUUGGAUCAAGUUUUUGGCUUAAUAGUUUAAGUUAUUUAAGUUUUGCUUGUAAUUAAGCUUAUUGUGUCACUAUGCAUUAAAAACUUCCUUUAAAAAUAAUAACAUUGUUUAUUAAUAUAUAUUUCGAAUGGAUUAACUUACAUAUUUAAUCUUUGCUUAUUAAUGUUUAUUUUGUUUUUUGAAAAUUUUAGCUAUUACCGGUAGUUGGAUAAUUAUAAUUAGACUCUCAAUGGCAAUAACUAGAUCAUAUUAUAUUUUCCUUUGCAUUACAUUCAAUGUCCACUGUACUCUUAUGAAGUAUGUGUAAAAUUAUUGUUUUGUGUUAUUGCUGCACUGUCCUAAGACUUGGACCUAAUCUCCAUAAUUUCCCUACAGCCUGCUGUGACCAGCUUUUUGCAGACAUUCUCUACUCAUCUUUCAUCCGUCGCUGCAGCUUCAUCAACUCCUAUUCCCAGGACAAAGCUGGUUCGCUUUGAUCCCAUGAUUGAGGACAGCAACACCAACUUUGAUGGCAGCGACUCAAACAGCCUUUAUGUCAAUACCUCCCUCGUGUCGGCUAAUGUUCUGGACUUGAGCUCACGCACAGAAAACGGACAGGAAUCUGUACUGGAUUCUACACACAUUCAUUCGGGUGAUGACUUAUUUGAUAUAUCUGUGUGCCGUGGUGGGGAAGAGGAAGAAAGGAAAAGAAAAGGUGAAGGUCAGGACUCCAGGCUUUGGUCAACAGCAGGAAAUAGAGGCAGCCAAAGUGGCAGUGGUGAGUUUUAGGCUGCUCAAAAGAGUGUUUGUUUUUAACUGUUUAUCAACUUUCAUACAUAUAUAAAUUAUAUUAAAGAGUUCUAACCUAUUUAAAAGACUUAAAUUUGAUUCUUAUAAUGAAAAAAAAAAUCACUUUAGCCAAUUGUUCUUGUAUUAAUAUAAAAAAAAUUAUUUCUACCCAUUUGUAUUUGAGAAAAUCUAUCAAUAUUUUAUUUUAAUUAAUUAAUUUUUUUAUUUAACCCACCUUCCCGGGUGGCAUCUUAUUACGUGACUGUCACUGUUUUUUAUUUUCUUAACCAAUAAUGAUAUAUCUUAUCAAAUGGUAUGCGUUGGACUUUUAUUGUUGAUUCAUAUUCUAGAAACAUUAAAAAAAAUUGAAAGUAUAGUUUAUCUGAAAAUCAGAUUUACAUCCCUAUGUCCAGAAAAUAGAGAUUAAAAAAUAAGUCGGGAAAUCUAUUAAAAUAAGUCAACAUUAAUCUUAUAAUUCUCUAAUCACCAUUUGACAUUUUGCAUUCCUCCUAGCACUAUUUUACAUUUUGCAUUACUCUAAGUGCUAUUUACAAUUUUAUAUUGCCAAGCUGAUGGACCAGAGGGUAGCGGUGGUUCUGGCGGUUGCGGACGUCGUGAUUUAUUCCCAAACCCUGGCGGGGGUGGAGGCAACAGAGGCACUGAUGUAAGUGGAAAGUCGUCUCCUGCAGAUUUAAAUGAGCAAAUUGUUGUGACCUUGCUGAGACUUCAACAGGACCUGAGCCGCGUUCUGAUGAGGCUGGACAGUGUAGAAGAAUUUAUUAAGUCAGAAAAAAAAGUGAGUGAAUUUAUCAGAAGCCUGAUAUGGAGCACAGAAAAAAAUGUGUAUGCCCCCAAAAUUUUUCUUUUACUUUUGACAUGGCUCUGAAUUAAACUGCUGUUACAAUUGAAACUCAAACAUCUUGAGGUGUGAGAGAAUGCAAUCAGAAGUUAAUGUUAAGAUCCAUUAGGCUGUAAGGCUCAAACAAUAUAUUGGACAAACAUCUUUAAAUAAUAAAUAAUGUAAAAUUUGUUUUUUGUUCAGCAUUGUGAAUGUCAUAGUUUUCUCAUUUUUAAGUCAUUCAUGCCCUAAUUAAUUAAAAUUUGUAUUUUCAGAUUCGAGAUAAAAGAUUAAAAACUUCGAAGGUAAAUUUUCAUCUAAUUUUUUUAAAAAUUCAUGUUUAAAAAUUAACCAAUUAAUUAAGUUAGCCAUUUUCAAUUUAUUUUAAGAACACUGUUGUUGAAAGAUAAUUAUUUAUUCAGUGAUGUAAGUAAAUUUAAACUUUAGGUAAUGGCUGGAAAAGUAUAAUUUUAAGAAAAACAUAAAUCUAAUUCAUACCUCUAGAUUUAUGAAGAAGAAUACAUUUAUCAUUUUUCAUGUUAUGUUGAAACAUUUCCACCAACCUUGACAAUAUACAUGCUAUUACUACUAUCAUACAUUUUAUUUGAAGCAAUAAAGCCAUCUCAUGCCUUUUUUUAAAACUAGGGCUGGUGGCCUCUUCCCGACCUGUCUGUAGGAUCCACAAUCAUUAUUUUAGCCUGGCCAUUUGUGGUCCACCUUAUUCUUAAAUACAUCCACCAGAGGUCAGUAAGAAUUUUUCAUGUUUGAGGAAAACCAAAAUAAAUAAAUAAAUAAAUUUAAAUAAAAAAAAAAAAUAUAUAUAUAUAUAUAUAUUUAUAUAUAUAUAUAUAUAUAUAUGUAUGUAUGUUUGUGUGCACUGAGGGAAGGGGAGACUGUGGUCUUAGGAGAUUUAGCCUACUUGUCCCAAUGACAGUGGGGAAGUAUCUCAGUAGUUGCACAGCCACAAAAAUUGUUAAAGGUACUGCUGCGAGUUUUCAGAAUGCAUAUAGAUAUAUCAUACUUCUCUCUUUUUUACUUCUGAGUAUGUCUUUUUUAUGUGUGAAAUCCCUUUCAUUUUUUAGAAAUAUGUAAUCCACCGUUUUUAGCUUAUUGAAUCUGCUACUGCUAAUAAUGAGUUAUGGAAUCUGCUGCUAAUAAUGAGUUAUGGAAUCUUCUGCUAAUAAUGAGUUACUGAAUCUGGCUCUUCUUAAAUUAUAUUUUAAUCACGAUUUAGGAAAUGUGUUUUGUAUAAACAUCAGGCUAUGUCUCAAAAAGUUAGAUAAUGAAUAUUUGUAUCUCUGCUUUAAUUCUUUGUGGGUUUUUUUUUCUACUCUCAGACGAUCAUCAAACAGAAGAUUGUGAUAUUUCUAUUUAAAACAUGAGUUAUAAAAGUAUAUACAAGGAAUAUAUGACUAAAGGAAGAUGACAGACCUGUCAAAAUGUUAGGGUCAGUGAAGAGUGCAUACAAGAAACAUGAAGGUACAUUUUAAAUCUUGACUAAAUGUUUACCUGCUACAGCUGUGCUCACAGAUAAUACAACAAAUGAGCAGGUGCAUUCUCUUUUAGUUUGCUUACAACUUGCAUUUUUCUUUUUUUACUUUCACUUAAAGAUUUUUUCAACUUUUCAUUGGGGUUGGGAGGGGGGUUGUUGUUUUAAAAAAUAGAAUAUAUGUUCAAUUUGUUUUUAUUAUUGCAUGAUUUAAAACAAUUUUUUUUUAUAAGGAAAUUUUACUCUGCAGUUCACAGUUGUUUUGAUUUCUAAUCAGAGUUUCCACAAACUAAAAAGAUUGUUGUUAUUGCCCAGGCUGAAAAUGAAACAAUGUCUGAUAAUCCAUGAAAUUCACAUAGUACCGUACUCAACUUGUGUUUGACAAAAUUGUUUAACACCUUUCUAGCUUGGUACAAAAUUUCUAUUUGAAUUUUUUUUUUAAACAGAAUUCGAAGAUUGUGUUGUAAGUUUAACUUGGUUAUAAAACCAGACAUGUUUAAAACAAUGUAAUAGUACUGAAAGAAAAGUGGGGACUCAAGUUUGAUCCAAGUUAACAUAUGUUGAAAUUUAAUCCACUUACUAUUUUUCUAAAUAAAGUGAAAAAAAUACAAAAUAGUACACAAAUGACAUUUGGAAAUUCUCUAUCUAAUUUUAUAUCAGUGCCAUGGUGAUUUUAUUUUGAAGGUCUUUAUUUUGAAAGUUUCCAUAGGUUGGACAGAUUUUAAUGCUUCUAUUUUUAGAAAUCUUACCGAGAAAUGUUUGUUCAACAAUUCUAAAACUGUCUUUUGAUAAUAUACUUAUUAAAUCCCAGCUUACAUGUUUCGUGUUUUUUUAAUCUAUUAUUUAUUUAGUUUUUUGUCUUCUUUGAAACUUUACUAAAGAAUGAAAAAUAUAUAUAUUUUUUUUUUAAUUUUGUCAGAAAUUUCUACUCAUUCUUAUUAUAUUUCUAAAGUUUACAAAUCAAUUCAGAUUUAGUUAUAUAUAAGUGUUACAUCUGUAUGUCAGAGCAUUCUUGUAGAUCUUUAUCAGCCACUCUAAAGACUAUGUCACAUCUCCAGUUUAUGUAAUUUUUUUUUACCAUCAUUUCUUUUAUUAAAUCACACCUCAGUGUGAGUUUUGAGGGUGGGAGGGGCUGUUGUUGAUAUUUUUUUUUAAAAGAAAGUUGUCUUAAUCAUACCAAAUGCUUUCCUAAUGUAAAAAUAAAAGUAUUAAAAUUAAAUUGGUGUUUUUAAAAGAUUUUAAAAUAAAAUGAUCAAAGGUCCUGGGAAUGAAAAUUUCUGGAUCUGAUGAUAUUUAGAUCAAAGUCUUUAUAUUUUUAAUCACGACCUAAGUCGGGGUAUAUAAAUAUUUAUAAAUCAGAAUGGGUUAUUGAAACCCAUUUUUAUUUAUUGAGCUUGAGUUGUUGGUUUCAGACAUUUCAAGACUUGUCUGAAGAAUAAAAUAAUUAUGUUUUGUUCACGGAAAACAUUAUCACUUUGUAAAUGUCAUUUUGUUGAUCUUUUUUUAAAUUGUGUGCAAUACAGAUAUAAAAUGGCUGGUUUUAAUCACAUGGAGAUUGUGACAAAUUUAUGCUUUGAUUCAGUCCAAAUUUUGUAAAUAAAAUACAACAUUCCUCUUCAAUGAAAGUAUCAAAUGAUUUCUACUGUAAAUAUGGUGUGCCUUGAAUGUUAACAAAUUGUGUAAAAUUAAAAUUAAUUAAAAUCAUGA